AUGCGAGGUGGACGUGGCGGAUAUGGUUCCCGGGGCUCCGGCUCAAGUCGUGGCGGUAACAAUUACCGUAGCAAUAAUUAUGGACGUAUGCAAAAUUCUGGCGGCAGAUCUGGAGGUCGUGAUGGAUAUAAUCACAACUAUAAUAGCAGUGGCAAUUCUCGUUAUAACAAUUAUAACUCUGGUGCAAGCGGUAGCGCAGGACACUAUGACCGCUCAAGGGAUCGCUUCAAUAAUAGUUCGGUUGGCGGAAGCCGUCAUGAUUCUGCUCAUAAGAGAAAUUAUCGCGAUACAUCACGAGAUCGCACUGAUGAUAGAAAACGUUCGAGACAAGAUGAUUAUAGACGCAACUCUUCAACUGGACGUGGGAAUCGAACACCACCGCCCCCUCCCCCACCAAUGGUUUCGACAGCAUCGACAUCUAACUACCGUAAUACUGGUGGAGCAAACACAACUAGCAAUUCGUAUCGUGGAACAAACUCACGCAACGAUCGAGAUGACUCCACUGCUAAUACCAGCCGCCACCGGUCUCCAAUGGGCAUACAAAAGCGUCCCAUACGCACUGGUUACGUUUCAAGAGCUCGUGGAAAUAUGUCCUCAUAUCAUCGUGGUGGGAUGCGCACCACUAUAUUAAGGGGCGGUGUGCGCAUCAUUCGCAAUAACCGGAAUGAUUCAAACGAUUUGCGUAUUAUGCGACGCAAGCUGCUGUAUGCACAACAGAAAGAUCGCGCUCGUGUAUUAAAGAUACAGCGCCUCACAAGCUCAUUACGUCGUCGUAGGAUAGUGCGUCGUUCGAAGAGCCCACGUCGUUCCAAGAAGGGUGAUUCAUCAGAUGACGAAGAGGAUAAUGAUAAAGACAACGAUAGCGACAAGGACGAUAGCAAGAGUGACACCGAGACAAAGAAAAAGACAUCGAAGCGCAGCAGCAGUAAGCGUGGCAAAUCUUCAGAAAAAGGAGAUGAUACCGAGAAAGCAGGUGACGGCGAUGCUGACGAAGAUGAUGAUGAUGUAGAGGGUGAUGAGGGAUCUAAAUCGGCGAAGAAAAGUAAAAAGGGUGAGGAUUCAUCAGCAGAAACUGAUGAUCAUAAGGAUGAAGAAGAUGAUGAUGAAGAGGAAGCAGGUGAUGGAGAAGUUGAAGGUGCCACAGGUGAUGCAGCUACUGAUGCAGAUAAAGAUAGUGGUGAAAAAGAGGUAAAGAAAGAAGGUAAGAAAAAAGAGAAGGAGAAGGAAGACGAUGAUCACAAAAAGGAUAAAACCAAAAAGAGUUCAUCCUCGAAGAAGGAUAAGGAGAAAAGUAAGGACAGCAAAGAGAAACGAAAGAAGGACGAUCAUAGCGAUGAUGAUUCAGAGAAGAAAGAUAAGAAAUCACACACAUCACGCCGUGAUGACUAUAACAAAUCACGCAACACAGGUUCAAGGGUCAAUCUGACGUGCAUUCACUGUCAUACAGGCUGUUUCACAUAUCCGGACUAUCAACAACACUUGUAUUCUCGAGUUCACAAGAACGCAAUCCGACAAAUCUCACUUCGUCAGAAGGCACAUUUGUUACGCCUGCGUGCUCGCCAACGUGCGGCACAACGAGAAAUCGAGGAGAAUUCGAAAGAGGAGUAUGAAUCCAAGUUUUGUCACUUGUGUCGUCUCCAUUACCGCCAACCGAAGGCUAAACAUCAAUUGUCCGAGCACCAUAAGACCAUGAAAAAGUUCUUAAUGCCAUAUUGCUCAACUUGUCAUUUGGCGUUUAAGAGCCCAAUGCUUUACGAAACACAUCGCUGCUCAUUGGAGCACUUAAAGCGCAAAGCACGAAAACGUGAUUCGGACAGUGACAACAGUGAUGAGGAUACCAGAGAGAUUGACUUGAACAAAUUCCUAACCGUAGAUUCGGUGGGUGAAAUUGACGAAAUAGACGACAUGGAUGUGGAUGCCUUGCUAAAUGAAGGUGAAGGUGGUACAGAUGGGGAAGAGAACAGCAAAGAGCGACAACCCGUUGGCGGAUCUUUUAUUAAGAAAGUUGAUGCAUACUUUUGCGAACUUUGCAACCAUUAUUCAGUCGCAAGCGAUUCUGUAGAAUCAUAUGCUAAAAAGCAUUGCUUACUACGUUCACAUCUCAAGGCGUACUUACGUAAUAAAGAGGAAGAAGAAAAGGCAGCUAAAAAGGCUAAGGUGAAGGAAGAAAAGGAGGAAAUUGAAAAUGAUAAAAGGGACUCUGUAAAGAAAGAAAACGAUGCUGAACAGGAGGAGGAUAAGGAUGCUGCCGAAGGAAAUGGCCAUGAAAGUGGAGGCGAAGAGGUUGAAGAAGUUGGGGAAGAUAAGCUUUGGGAAGAUGUCGAUAAAGACUUGGGUGACUUAUUGAGAGAAGUCGGUCCAGAGGAUCGUGAUGAUGAGGAAGAAGAUGAAUCUGUGCUCAACAUUGAUAUUGAAAGUGAGAAACCAAAAGUUAAAGAGAUAAAUGGCAAGAAGGAGGAGCCGGCUGCUGCCCAACAAACCGUAAAGCCAGCACCGCCUGAGGUAAAGGAAGUAAAAGAGGUGAAAGCUGAAGCUAAGAUACAAACAACACCGGCUAAACCCAAGCCACAGCGCAAAGUGGCUUCAGCCACUAAAACAUCUGCAUCCUCUGAAGCGAAGGAAAAAUCGGCAGCAGCAAAAUAAAUUAUACACCUUAAUUUAACAACUCUCAUUCUUAGUGGAAAAUAAUUAAAUUAAAAACUUUUGGAACUGUAAACUAUCGAAUAAGUUUUAUGGACUUGCUAAUCUUAAAAGGGUUCUAAUAUAAGUGUUUUAAUCGUUACUGUUUAAUGCUGACAUUGUAUAACCUAUUACGCAUUAACUGUAAUAAGAUGUGCGGGAAUAAAUACACAAAUAAAGAAA